CACAUUUAUGUUGUUCAAUCGAAGCAAGCCUGCAAGUUGUCAGUCAACAAUAAUCUGUCACAUCGCGAAAGCCUUCACAUGAAUCCGAGCUCCCUCUGUUGACGAAUCCCAAACAGAAAAGUCGCUUUGUUGCCUUGUCGUCAACUAUUUAUGGCCGUUUCUCUGUGAUGAUGGUUCAAGUUCGGUUGCUGUUUCUCCUGAUUUUACCCAUCGUUUCCGAAGCCUUCGAUAUCGGUGGACACGACUUUGCCGAGACAACCUUCGCCUACCGGAAGAAGCCAAACACUCCCGUGGAGGGUAUUUGCUUCCCACAGACGCCGGAAAUCAUAUGCGACCUGACGGCUGAGUUCUGUGGCGCGUUCCAUGUUGGAGAGAACUUCUACGUUACCCCUGCCCACUGUCUGGUGGGUAUCGAUGGAUAUAUCAUCGAGCCGGAAGAGGUGGACAUUGUCGGCCUGGGAAAGGUCAAGGCGGAUAUCUUCCUGCAUCACGAGUUUGCCAACCUGACUGGACGGGAUGUGGCCUGGAUUCGUUAUAAGCACACGGCGGAUGUGCCUACGGUGCGGGUGGCUGAACUCCUUCCCGAUAAAUGUCAGGGUCUCAGAUUGGAGGUGUUCGACGAAACCGCCCAGGGAAUGCACGCCGGGAUUCGGUGGACUGAGCUGCCGGCAUUGGAGUAUGUUUGGAAAAUCAAGGAUCCGGCGUUGGGAAUUUCGGCGAAAGUUAGUAGGUCAGAGUACGUGGCGUUUAAGAACAAAGACAAGGCCGAAAAUUUCCAUGUUUUUCUUUGUACCGCCCAAAAUUCCGACGAUCUGCACGAGAUUCACUACAUACAGGUCGGAAGGUACCAGGACAGCAUGAUGACCUUGGACUGCCAUUUUGUCAAAUGUGGGUACGUGGAACCGGAAAACAUGAUCAUUCCUAUUACCACAACGACAACGACAACCACCACCACGACCACAACCACCGCUGCUCCCAUUGUGGCCCAAGAUUCCGUAGACUACAACCUGCCCGCUCAAGACAGCGCCAGCAUCAGCGUGGUGGUGGACGACGCCCCAAAGCUCCCGAAGAAGAAACCUAAACCAACGAAACCCAAGUUCAACUGGGGUACACUCGCACCCAGAUCGUACACCAAUUUCGAAAGCAUGGCAGAAACUCCAUGGGGCUCGUGGUCUUCCGGAUAUAACGCCGUAAAGUACGGAGAAGAGGAAACCCGUCCAGAUGCUGCAGCGAGCCCUGCGGACCCUGCGGACCCUGCGGCGUCAAUUCCCCAAGUUGGAACGUUACCGGACAACCAGGACUACUACGAUGACUAUAACUACCAACUUCAGGAUUAUGCCAUUGAACCUAACUCGGAUGGGUCGAUUGUUGGAGGCACUGGAAUACGUGCAGAUGAUUAUCCCGUCGAGUAUGAAGAUUAUAAUUAUGUACUUCAGGAUUACGCGAAUUACGUUGACGAUACACCGUUGGAGUCGGCGGAUCAACAGCUAGCUAACACAGUGGGUAUGGUCGGUGGUAGUCAAGCUCCUGUGAGAUAUAGCGAUGUGUUCGAUGUGCUCAUGGAUGCAGCCGGUGAAUCUCCUACAUCCAGUUCGACAGCCCUGGGGUCAUUUAAUACCGCGGGGUUAAUCUUUGGAGGGAAUGGGCUUCCUGGGAAUGGAGUUGCUGUGAAUGGGCUUCCUGCGAACGGAGUUCCUGUGAAUGGAGUACCUGUCAAUGGAGUUCCUGGGCUUGGAGUUCCCGUGAAUGAACUUAUUGCUAGUGGAGUUCCUGUGCAUGGAACUCCCAUAAAAGGAGGUCCUGUGAAUGGAGUUCCUGGACACGGAGUUCCUGGACACGGAGUUCCUGGACAAGGAGUUGCUGGACAGGGUAUUCUUGGGAAUGGAGUUCUUGGGAAUGGUAUUCCCGUGAAUGGAUUUCCUGCGUAUGGAGUUCCAGCGAAUAGAUUCCCUGCGUAUGGCGUUCCUGCGUAUGGAGCUCCCGCAAAUGGAGUUCCUGUGAAUGGAGUUCCCGUGGCUGGAGUUCCCGCGACUGGAGUUCACGUGACUGGAGUUCCCGCGUCUGGAGUUCCCACAUCUGGAGUUCCCUCAUCUGGAGUUCCCGCAUCUGGAGUUCCCGCGACUGGAGUUCCCGCAUCAGGAGUUCCCGUGAAUGGAUUCCCUGCGUAUGGAUUUCCUGCAUAUGGAGUUCCCGUGAAUGGAUUCCCUGCGUAUGGAUUUCCUGCGAAUGGAGUUCCAGUGCAUGGAAUCCCCGUGCAUGGAAUUUCGAACAAUCCUGCGGCUAUUGCCGGGGCGAGUUGGAAUCCUAUGGAACAUGGUGAUAUGGAACCUCAGGAAAGCAUCCAGGUUGAACAGAAAACAGUGAUUACCGGAGGGCAGCCGGAGCAUUGGAAUCAAUUACAUUAUCUGAUACCUCCCAAGGUUGUCGGUGCUCUGGGUACAGCUGUCCAAAGGCCCAAGCAGUAUCGUCGUAAGUGCAAUAAUCGACGCUACCAAUGCGGAUGCCGUCCAUGUCAACCCAGAUGUUCGAUACCAUACAGCAAACCGAGAAAGCCAGCCAUUAACAGCAUCGAACAGUUCACCAACUCGCAUCACACGGAUGUUGAACACCAUCAAGCUCAAGCACCACCUGCUACCCCGCAGAUUGAUAGCCAAGUGCCCGAAGAAAGCAAACAGGUCAUUCAAAUGGCAAUUCCGGACAUAGUGGACUAUUCGGAGUUGGAACAGAGCCUCCUUCCACCCACGAGAAGUGACGGGUCAUCCACUGAUACCGAUACUGAAGUUCUCAAAGACGAUCCAGCUCCAGAACCAACACCAGUAAGUGCGGCCGCCAUCGUUGAACCCGAAGCUAUCAUUCAAACGCUUUUCAGUGUACUUUUUGCGAUAAUUUUGGCAUAUUGAUUCAUUUGAUUAUACCCCUAGUAAAUUUCAGCAAUAUAGCUCCAUAGUGUAUUACCAAUAGUUCUCGUUUUUCUUUGCAAUAGUGAAUCACGUACGAGUUGGGUCAGUCGCACGGUCUACGCACGGUGGGAUGUUUGAAUUGUCUGCUUGGAUAGAACAAUUUUGCAAAGCUGAAUCACAAAAUCCUUGAUUCUGACAGUUAAUUGGCAUAGUCGAUGAAGGCCAGCUUUGAAAGGCAUGUAUUCAGCGUUCUUCAUUUUCAGCCUAAUGCAUUGAAAAGCUGGUAUACCAGAAGGCUAAUGGAGUUUAGUUUUUUUUUCUUAAAACUUCAGCCUUUCAUUACAUCGGAG